AUGUUGUCGUCACCGCUCGCAGGGAACGGAGCCGGGAGCAGUGUGGGACGUCAGUUCUUCGGCGCAUUUAUGCAGAACUACGUGGAGGUAGUCGACGCGCUUGUGGUGGACUUCGCCAGCUACGACAGCAGCACUCAGGUCACCAUCUCGGUCCCUGCGGUGAACUUCUCGCAGGCCGUCCUCCUGCCUCCCUUCUCCGUCGGCAAUGUAUCCAUCCCGGUAACGGCAGAGAUCGCAGAGAACGGCAUCGUCACCAACAAGGUCGUGUCCGUUCGUUCCGACAGUGACAUCUCAGUGUGGGGCAUGUCCAAACGAUCUGCAACAACCGAUGGGUUCAUGAUGAUCCCUGAGCAAGAGCUGGGAACAGAAUAUUACGUAGUCGCUCCUGUGUCUGGUUCGUCAACGAACGAAUUCGCGAUAGUCAGUCCCUACAACAACGUGAUGGUGCAGAUUAUCUUGAGCGGAAAUGUUAUUUUCAACGGUGUGACGUACUCCAACAAUCUGAACAUCACUCUACAAGAGGACCAAGUCGUGCAGUUCCAAGGAUCCGCUCUAACUGGGACCAGGGUACUUUCGAGUCAACCUGUGGCCGUGUUCAGUGGAGAUCGGUGCAUCGCAGUCCACACAGCCUGCAAUUUUGUGACAGAGCAGCUCUUGCCAGUACGGCAGUGGGGCUCCUCUUACCUGGUCUUCCCUGUGUCCAUCAAGUCAACAAAUGACAGCGUCAUCAUCACCUCGCCUUCAAGCGCGAGCAUCAGAGUCAAUGUCAGUGUCGAUGGGAAUUUCACAACCUACACGUUGACCAAUUAUGGUCGCAUCAGCGUUCCUAUAUAUGCAAACCAGACUUUGUCUAUAAACUCAUCUGUGAACGUAGGGGUCAUGUACAUUUGCCAGGGUGGGUCUACAACUCUAGGGUAUUCCAUGGAUCCGUUCCAGAUGAACAUCAUACCGACCAGCAAGUUCUCUAACAUGUACCUGUUUGCGACUCAACCAGAUUUUAUAAACAUUUUAAUCGUGAUCGUCAAGGAUGCGGACAAAUGUGGGAUCGUCAUCAACAACAAGACACUGUGCGAUAAGAUCCAGUGGGUCCGGACAAGCGACCUCCAGUUCGUGGCCGGGGAGCUGAACCUGGGACUUGGGAAUCAGCAGUUCCGUGUGGAACACGCGACUCAGACGUUUGGGCUCUACCUCUACGGGGUGGCAUCCUAUGACUCAUUUGGCUACGUCCUUGGCUACGGCAACCUAAGAGGCGGAGUCUGUCGCAUCAACCCAUCCGGCGCGAGCGGCACCGUCCGAUUCGCCGAUUUGCUCGCGAGGCCCAACGUCGGUGACUGCCUCUGGACCAUAACCGGCGGGCCGGGUACGGCCGUGAUCCUUCGCUUCCAGACGUUCAGUCUGCAGGCGGGCGCCGAGGUCGUCUACGUCUACGACGGGCCAUCCGCGGACUCGCCGCUCCUGGGGAAGUACGCCGGCGACGGAGUCCCAGCUCCCAUCAUCUCGUCCUCCAACGCCUUGUCCGUGAGGGCCACGUACGACACGCGGGGAAUCGCCGGCAACUUCAGCGCGUUUUACAGGGUGGGGUCACCGUGCAGGGAGACGCUCGUCGGCGGCCAGGGGUCGCUGUCGUCGUCCAACUUCUCCGCGGCCGGCGAGAGGAGCGCCCUGUGCCGGUGGACCGUCCAGGUGGACCCCAGAUACGAGGUCAAGCUGAGGUUCCAGCAAUUCAACUUGUCUUCCGACCCCGACUGCGUGGACGAGUCGCUGACCGUCUACGACGACAACGGCGACUCGCUGGGCGUGUUCUGCGGCGGCGGCGUGAGACCGCCCGGCCUGCGCUCGUCCGCCAACAGACUCCACCUCGUGCUCGACUCUCUGUGGGGGCUUCAAGGGGACGGAGUUGUCGUGAACUUUGAAACGAUGAAUCCCAUUAAGGUCUCGACUAGCUGCGGCAUCGCCAACGCGUCCGUCCUGAGCGCCUGGCCCUGGCAGGUGACCAUCACGAGGCUUGGGGACGACCUGCAGUGCCUCGGCUCCCUGCUGUCCAACUCCUGGGUGGUGACAGCGGCGAGCUGCCUGCUAGAGAGCCCCAACAACUACACCUGGAUCUGCGCCACGGUCUCGGGCGAGCGUCUGGCGGCGACGUCCGUGGCGGUCCACCCCAAGUUCUCCGCGGCGAGCGGCGGCGCCCACGACGUCGCUAUGCUGCGGCUGGGCCAGCCGGCCACGUUGGGGCCGGCGGCAGCCCAGGCGGUGUGCCUGCCCAGGCGACACGAGCAGAGCCCCACGCUGGGACGCAGCUGCCAGGCGCUGGGCUUGAGGCGCAGCGACGGCUCUGUGUCGGCCCCCGCCGCUGAGGGCAACGUGCGCGUGGUGAACGAGUCGCUCUGCAGGCAGGCAUGGGGCAACUUCACCCGCGGGAUGAUGAUGUGUGCAGCCAAGCGUCAGGGUUGGGCCAGUAGCUGUCAGCUGGGCCAGGGCGGUGGCGUCUUCUGCCUGGGCACGGACAGGAGGUGGUACCUGACAGGCAUCGACAGCCGCCGUGCCGACUGUGCAAACGCCACCCAGCCGGCCGCCUACGGGCGCGUGUGGAAAUCCCUCGCCUGGAUCGAGGGGAACCUCCCUUACUGACGACGGCGAAGCGCCUCUGGCUCUGCUCCCAUCCAGAUAGCCAGAUAGCCGGAUAGCCAGCCAGCCAGAUAUCCAGAUAGCAAGUUAACCAGAUAGCCAACUAGCCAGAUAGCUAGCCAGCCAGAUAGCCAGAUAGCCAGCUCGACAGAUAACCGGCUAGCCGGCCAGCCAGAUAUCCAGAUAGCAAGUUAACCAGAUAGCCAACUAGCCAGAUAGCUAGCAAGCCAGAUAGCCAGAUAGCCAUCCAGCCAGAUAUCCAGAUAUCAAGUUAACCAGAUAGCCAACUAGCCAGAUAGCUAGCCAGCCAGAUAGCUAGAAAGCCAGCUAGCCAGAUAAUCAGCUAGCCAGCCAGCCAGAUAUGCAGAUAGCAAGUUAACCAGAUAGCUAACUAUCCAAAUAGCUAGCCAGCCAGAUAGCCGGAUAGCCAGCCAGCCAGAUAUCCAUAUAGCAAGUUGACCAGAUAGCUAACUAGCCAGAUAGCUAACCAGCCAGAUAGCCGGAUAGCCAGCCAGCCAGAUAUCCAGAUAGAAAGUUAACCAGAUAGCCAACUAGCCAGACAGCUAGCGAGCCAGAUAGCCACAUAGCCAGAUAGCCAGCUCGCCAGCCAGCCAGAUAGCUAGCUAGCCAGAGAGCUAGCCAGCCAGAUAGCCAGCUAGCCAGAUAACCAGCUAGCCAGCCAGACAGCUAUCCAGAUAGCAAGUUAACCAGAUAACCAACUAGCCAAAUAGCUAGCCAGCCAGAUAGCCAGAUAGCCAGCCAGCAAGACAGCCACAUAACCAGUUAGCCAGCCAGCCAGAUAACCACAUAGCCAGUUAGCCAGC